CCUAAGACGACGAUUUGCUAUUGGCUAGGCUGUGCCCGUUGAGUUUGAAUUGGGUGGCGGUUAGUGGAAGAUCAACCCGUCCCUCAGCUGGAGCUGUAAGGUUUCCUGAGUCUGUUUUGGGACCCCCAGCUCGGCCCCUCGCUGGACGCACCCUGGUGUCAUGGCUCCUAAGAAACGCAGCAGCCGCGGGACCAGGACCAACACACUGCGGAGCCGGAAGCUCGCCUCCUUCCUAAAGGACUUCGACCGCGAGGUGCAAGUUCGAACCAAGCAAAUUGAGUCCGACAGGCAGACCCUCCUCAAGGAGGUGGAAAAUCUCUACAACAUCGAGGUCCUUCGGCUCCCCAAGGCGCUGCAAGUCAUGAAGUGGCUUGACUACUUUGCCCUAGGAGGAAACAGACAGGCCCUGGAAGAGGCAGCAACAGCUGAUCGAGACAUCACAGAGAUAAACAAUUUAACAGCUGAAGCUAUUCAGACACCUUUAAAAUCUGUUAAAAAGCGAAAGGUAAUCGAGGUGGAUGAAGCCAUAAAGGAAGAGGAAGAAGAUGAAGAAGAAGAAGGAGGAGGAGGAGGAGGAAGAAAGAGCCAUAAGAAUCUUCGAUCUGCGAGAGUCAAAAGAUGCCCUCCAUCCAAGAAGAGAACCCAGUCUAUACAAGGAAGAAGCAGAAGCAAAAGGUUAAGCCAUGACUUUGUGACCCCAGCUAUGAGCAGGCUGGAGCCAUCUCUGGUGAAACCAACCCCAGGCAUGACACCUAGGUUUGAUUCCAGGGUCUUCAAAACUCCAGGUCUACGAACCCCAGCGGCCAAGGAGCAGGUUUACAACAUCUCUAUCAACGGCAGCCCUCUCGCAGACAGCAAAGAGAUCUCCCUCAGUGUGCCCAUAGGUGGCGGUGCGAGCUUGCGGCUAUUGGCCAGUGACUUGCAGAGGGUCGAUAUUGCUCAGCUGAAUCCAGAGGCCCUGGGAAACAUUAAGAAACUCUCGAGUCGCCUUGCUCAGAUCUGCAGCAGCAUCCGGACAGGCCGAUGAGAGGACGGCAAGGCACACAGGUGGCAGCAGGGACUGCAGUGGCAGAACACACACCUGUGGGUGCCUCACCUGCCACACCUGCAGCGGUGCUUUGCGUCUCUCCAACAGCUGUGAUGUCGUGCUGCACACUUGUAGUUAGUGGGAAUUUAGAUGGGGAACACAGGGCUAGUGGGGGUCUUUGUGUGCUUGGUGUGGAGUCACUGAGAACCAUCCGUGGUUUGAGAUCCCACCGGGGCUGGACACUGCUUGGAGCACUGUGGAGGGCAAGUGUAACCUUUGCCCCGGGACCCAGGCAGGCUAUGCAGCCAGCAUAGGGUGUGUGGUCCUUGCAGGUCUAGGCGCACGGCUGGCUCUCCCUGUUCUGUUCUGUUGUUAUUUCUGUCCUCUGGACGGGAGUGCUUCAGAUGGGUUUUCUUUUGCUGAGGGUCACACACAUCAGUUUCUGAGCAGUUAGCGUCUCAGCCGACUCGUCCUAUGGAAAGCUUGCUGUUUUCAAUAAAUCUUAGUUUGCUAUCGUUUUUAA